CAAUAUGUAAUACAAACGAUACACAAAAAGCACUGAUGCAGUUUAUUACGUUUUUAUCAUCGGAAUUAGUUUAUGAACAAUGCACAUGUUCCAUCUCGUUCUACUUUCAAAUUGAAAUACAUGCUUUUGACUACGGUAUUAUGCGAAACAUUUAUUUCUCUUUGUCAAUAUGUCAUAUAUUAGUUCAACCUCUAAAGAGAAACAUGCUAGACCAAGACUUUGUGCAGGAGCUAAAAUGUUUGGUGAAGUUUCUUUGUAUAUGUCUUCUAAAUGUCUGGAGCCUUAUAUCUUCCUUUAUAUAUCAACUAAUAAAUGAAGAAACAAGAUAUAUGGUCCCAAUAGUUUUGUUUAUGAAAGCAGUCCAAGCUCUUAGACAAAUUCGGACUUCUAGAAAUGUGAAGCCCAGCGCAAGUUCCUCCAUUAGAUCAAAUGAUGGAAGCCUUGAAAAUAAAGCCUCACUAAAUCUACCGGAUAAUCUAGAAAUCAUUGAGGUUACUUCUGACUCUUUAGACCAACAAAAAGCUGCAAAUAGAAAAGUAACUUAUGGUGCUCAAUCCAAAAAUAGAUUGCACCCCAAACAUAGCAUUGCACCAAAUGAAUCUUUGGAUUCUGAUCCUAAAUCAAAAGAUAGAUUAUACCAAACAUUUGAUACCGAAUAUCCUUCUUCAAAUAAGGAAAUUGAAUUGCAAGUUUCAAGGCUUAAUGAGCUUUCUUUAAUUGACAAAAAUUAUCAUUGUGAGAAUGACUCAAAUUUAACUUUUGAAACUCAAAUUAAGUCAGAAGAAGAAAACAGACAAGCGACAUAUUUUAAAUCAUAUCAGACUAAACAAUCUUUUGGAAAAGAUAAAAACAAUAAUGAUGGGGGUAGAUCGAUAUUUUGGGAAAAGGAAAGCAAUACUGGUAAUAGCAACUCAAUAUAUAAUGAGGAACAAAACAAUGAUAAAAUUGAUUUUUUUAGGGAAAAUGUAAAUAAUAGUAAUAAAAGCAUCUCCAUGUUUAGGGAGAAUGAAAGUCAUAAAGAUAUUUUUUCUUCUGAUGAAGACUGUAGCUCACAAAUACACUGUUCUAAUGCCUAUGAAUGUAAUAAAAUAUUUAAAGACAGUUCAUCGGUUUCAAAACAACACACCUUAUCUCUAAAUGAACUGUGUACUCGCAAGGAACAUAAGGAGCCUUCCAAACCCGGGGUCAAGCAUGUAUCAGUAAAUAAAAGCAAAUAUUUUGUACCCCAAAACUUUUUGGGUAAAAUUUAUGAUUUUCCUGUCCAUCAUUCUAAAGAUACUUCACAUUUAUUAUCUACUCAGAAUGUUUCUAAAAAUAGUCUGAUCAAAAAUUCUUCCCUAUCCACUAUACUCCCUAAGCAUUUUUAUAAAAGUAAUGUGAAACAAGGCAAUUCUGGUUUAUCAAAUAAUCAUAAAUGUUUUGCCGGUAAAGCUCCUGCAACAAACCAAAUUUUCAACUACAGAAAAGAAAUUGAAUUCGAAGAACUUUCUGACGAGACAUUGGGAAAAAAGUGUGAUAGUGUGUCAUCCAAAGGACACCAUGUCCUCUUGAGUGAAAUAUUUGGUCCACCACAAAAUUUUGACAAUAGUUUUUUAGAAAAGCCUGUUGAUAGUUUUCAAGACAAUUUAAAAUGUAAACAAGAUAUUGUUCAAAAAGAUAUAGUCACUGUUAACAAUAAGUAUUGCAAUGCUUUGUCUGAUGAGCUUCUUUCUAAUAACUGCAAAAAGGAAAAAGUGUCUGUACCGCAGAAAACAGAUUUUUGUUCAUCCUAUUCUGUUCCUCUAUGCUUAAGAAAUCCUUCAAAAUAUCAUUCAUUUAAAAAAUAUACUGUAGAUUCAACGAAAGGCUCUGUUCAGCAUUUUGAGAAUGAUGCUUCUCAUAAGAUUAAUCCAAUGACCUUGAAAAGUUAUUCUAGUCCCUUAAAUGAGAUAAUUUAUCCAGAGUCUCAGAGUUCUAAAACUGCAGUAACUAUAUCAAAAAGUUCACUUAGGCAGCUGAAAAGUUCUUCAUUAGAAUGUCUUGAACAAAAGUACACUAAUACUAAUCAUUCUAACGAUGUACAUCAAAUUUCUAAUUCUGAAAUCGACUAUGAUAAAAAUAUGUACAAACAGACUCAGCCUUUAAGCAAAUGUGAUACUUACUACUCGUGCUCAACCAAAUGUGCACCUUUAUAUGUUAGUCAUUCAUUAACAGACAAACAAGUGCCAUUAUCCUCUGUAAGGAAUGAAUCUGCUUGUAUUUUUAACUUAAAAGAUAAGGAUAUGAAGAUAAGCAAAGAUUUCGAUUCCAGUACUGCUAGUCAUUCAUCGUCACCCAAAUAUGUGUCUUUGUCCUCCGACUGCAGGAUAAGGAAUAAAGAAGCAGUUGGUACAGAACAAAUAUUCUCAUCGACUCAUUCAUUGUUGUCUGAAUGUAGUGAAGAACCUCGAUAUUGUGAUACUUACUACUCGUCUGCAGCCAAAUAUAUGCCAUUGUCAUCUAACUAUGCAAUGAAUAAAGAAUAUGCUGGUGCAUUUAACUCAAAACAGAUGACAGCACAAGUGGAAAAUUCUAGUCAUUCAUUUCUAGACAAAAAUCCGUCAUUAUCUUCAGUAAUGAAUGAAUGUGCAUUUAACUCGAAACAUAGGGCAAUGAAGGUACAUGAAGAUUCAGAUUCCAGUACCUCUAGUUGUUCAUUGUCACAAAAAUAUGUGCCUUUAUCCUCAGUAAUGAAUGAAUGUGCAAAACAAAGUGCAAAUAAGGUAAAUAGUGAUUCUGAUUCCAGUACUUCUAGUCGUUCCUCGUCACACAAAUAUGUGCCUUUUUCCUCACACUGCUUAAUGAUGAAUAAAAAAGUAGCUGGUACAAAACAGAUAACAGUAAAAAAUGCUUCUAGUCAACCAUUGCUGUUUUCUGGAUUUGGUGAAGAACUUCAACAUUUAAGUGAUGUUGCUUCAGAUUCUUCCUCAAGUGGACAUGAUUUACAGAUAUGUGAUAAUUCCUUUAGGAAACUUACCACCGACACAAUCUCUUUUCAAGAAUACAUGAAACAAGAGGACUUUGCUAUUAAAUGCAAUACUGAUUUUAUAGUGCCAUCAAAGUUUUCCUAUGAUUCAAAUGGUGAUUUACCUCUCUCAAGUUCAGUGUUGGAAGUUGUACCUGAUCUUCUCAUUGGAACCUGUCUUGUAGAUCCUUCUGAUUGACUGAUUGAUUUUAAUCUAGCUAUAUCUUCCAAUAACAGUGUUGGAAGUUGUACCUGAUCUUCUCAUUGGAACCUGUCUUGUAGAUCCUUCUGAUUGACUGAUUGAUUUUAAUCUAGCUAUAUCUUCCAAUAACUUCAUUGCCGAUAAGGUUUGGCAUAGUUCAGUAUUUUGCUUGACAUCAUGGUGGAUUUCUACUUGUAUUGUUAUUUUAUAACUUAAGCCUAUUUUUAUUUUUAUUGUUUUUUGCAUUUUUAUACAUUAUAUUGUGAUACAGGUAUAUUCAGGAAUGAAUGAUAGUUUUGCAUUACUUUACUUUUGUAAUUGCAUUGUUGGGUCUUGUGAAGUAAAUACAAGGACACACAUAAAAUACCUUUACUGUCAUUCAAAGUUAUCAUCAUUAGCCAUAAUUAACUUUUGUCAUAGAUUGUCCAGCUGCUGGAACUAAUAAAAAAAACAAUUCUUUUCAUAUUCCUUGGCACACUGUUGAAAUCCUUAACAUCUUCCAUUUAGUCUCUAAAAUGUCUUGUAUUAAAAUAACUUUAAAUACCACUUUUUAUUUAAUGUUUUAACUGUUACAUUUUCACUAACAUUUCAUGUGUCACCACUGCAGAUUGACCAAACUGAAGCUUGGGUUUUUUUUUUUAAUCAGAAAAUUCCUAAACAAAUAUAAUAACAUUUUAGAAAGGUUAUUUUUUCCCCUUCGGAUUAUUAAAGUUGAUAGUCUAGAAAUAAAGUUGCUUCAUAAAGAUACAUAUUAUACAUUUUUGUGUAAUGAAUUAUUAUUUUUAACUGAAAAUUUGUCAUUUGCUUUAAAUUUUAAGAUAUCAUCGGCUAGUAUCAUUUACAAAAUUUGAGAUUUGUUUAUCUAUAUGUUGUGUAUCUACAAUCAGCUUUACUAAAUAUCUUAUACUUAAUUUUAUAUUUUUCAGUAUUUUUUUAUUUAUUCUUUAUUAUUUUUUAUUUAUUUUUUAGUUGGUCAUUGUCUUAAUUAUUAAUUAGAGAUUUUUUUAAGUUUAAUCUCACAUUUAUCAUCUUAUAUCAUUUUGUUUAAAUUAGUUGACUAAUCUAAUUUUGAAUACAUUACGUUUAUACUUGACUAUUAAUAUAUUGUAUACUUUAAAAAAAAAUUUCUUUCAAUAUUUUAUUACAAAAUUGCUUUUACUCUUUAUAAUUUGAUCUUUAUGUAGUCAUUUUUUAAAAGUAUCUCCAGUUAUUUGAUUUAAUUUACUUUCUAUGUUCAAAAUCAUUACAACAAUGUAAGUGUUGUUUUAGCUCUGUUUUAAAAAUUUCAAAUAACAUAAAUCUUGAAAUUUAUAAUUAUACUUUAAAUUUCCCAAUUUCAUUACCACAAUGCAACUUGCGAAGUUUAAAUUAACACCCCUCUCCUUUUUUUCCCCCAUUCUAUAUUUUUAUGAGUAUUUCAAAGUUUCAUUACAGUCUGUGCUUAUUUGUUUUUGAAAAUAAAACAUUUUCUCAUACUAUAAGUAGUAUUUUUUUCUUUUGUAUGCAGCUCAUAGCUGUUUAUUAAAAACUUUUCAAUAAUAUUAUAUAAAUGUACAGUAUUUUGAAGUAGUAAUAUUAAAUUAUGCUUAGUCUAUUUUUGCUAUCUAAAGUAUAAAAUAAUGCACUCAGAUGCUUGAAAGUCAAAUGCAUAUACUUUCAACCAUUAUAAUUGUUUAGUGCAGAAUUUAUUGAAUCUUAUAGUAUUGGUUGUAGAAAUGUUGAUUUACUAGUGUAUAAUUAUGCAUAUUCUGGAGUAUUUAUUGUUAUUUAAAAUAUGAUUUUUGUUCUAUGUAUAUAUUUAACAAAAUGUAGUCAGGAUAUUUUAUUCAAAAUCGUUAAAAUACAUUUGUACUUAAUUUUGUGUUUAUACCUGAAAAAAAAAAAAAAAGAUUUAUUCUGGAAUAUUUGUUUUCAUUAGGAAGUAUAUUUUUUAAAUGUUUGAAAGUUUUUGUUUUAAUAUUGAUUACUAGUGUAUAAUUAUGCUUAUUCUGGUGUAUUUGUUAUCUAAUGUGGAGUUUUUAAAAGUUUAAAAAUUGAAUGAAUGUAAAUAAUUAACAAUAUAUAAACAGGAUUUUUUUUUUUAACUCAGAAUUAUAGAAAUAUAUUUCUGCUGGUUGUUAACAUACUGUGAAAAAUUAUACUUAUUCUAGAGUUUUUGUUGUUUUUCUACAGCUUAAUUUUUAAAUAUUUGAAAGUCAAAUUAACAAGUAGUCAGCAUUUUUUUUUCCUUAAUUAUUAAAUCAUGCUCUUACUGAUUGCUGAAAUAUUGUUAUACCUGUGUAAGAUUAUGUUUAUUCUGGAGUAUUAUAGUUGUUGGAAAUUUUUUAAUAUUCUGAUGUCAAACAGUUUUGUCUAUCUUUUAAGUCAGAAGAAAUAUCAAGUAUAUCACCUGCAAAAUACUUUAAUCUUAUCUUUUUUUUAUUAUUAUUUAUGUUAGAGAUGUUUGCUUAUAAAACAAUUACAAUGUAUCGAUAUUUAUACAGUAUCUCUCGAUUACUUUGCACAGUUUUUCUCAUUUUUAUCACUUGUUAAGAUCAUCAAUAGUUUUAAUAAAAUAAUUUCAGUGAUUUUAAGGCGAAUCGCCGUUUAACAGUCUGUUAGAUAAUGGUGUCUAUCUAAAGAGGAUAUUUUUUUUGGAAAUUUUUCCUCUUUUGCACAAAAAAUUUCAUUUAAGGACUGUCACAUUUUUUUUUUACUUUGGUUUUUAAAUUAUUAUUAUUAUUGUGGUCUACUUUGCAUUAACUUCUACAUCGCUUAUUCUCUCUAUUUCAAAAUUAAUAAAUUUAACUGUUUGGUUUAGUUGCGACAAUUGGAAGUGUGUUAUCAACUCAUUCUUAUUUCUUUUUCAAAAUUUGCCUAAUUUUUGUAAUAGUUUCGCCUUUCUUACUGAACAUUUGUCAGAUUACAAUAAAAAAAAAAAAUUUCCCCCGCAUAUGCUUUUAUUUUUCCAUUUCAUUUUUGACAAGGAUAUUUUAUAUAUAUUAAGGGGGAUCAGUACUGAACACCCUGUAAUUAUGUAUAUUUUGACUUGUCAGUAUGCAUAAAAAUGAUAUAUUUAAGAGAUUUGAUAUCUAUUGAAUC